UCCGAGGUUAAUUGAGUGCGCACGCGCAGCGCCUCCGCUCGCCUAGGUGCGCGCUGCCCCGCCCUUUCCUCCGCCUUCCGGGACCUCCGUUCGGCGACGACUUGCGCGCAGGAGCUCAGAAGCAGGGACGCGCGCGCGGAGGGCGGACGGUUCCCGGGUGUGAGAGAAGCGAGCUCGUCGGGUGCGGGUGUGAGAGAGCCUGCGCCAGCGGACACCAAAGCCACAGCCGGACCCCCGCCUCCUACGCCGUUGGCGGCCCGCGCUACACCCAGCCUUUGCCAACGGCCCCGGGCGACGCGAACCCUCUCACCGAACCUUCCCCACCCCCACCUGUGCGGGAGCCGCGGAGACAGCCCAAUCAACAUCGGCAGCGGCGGCAGCGGCGCGAGUCUCUCCUUCCCCGCCCCCACCUGUGCGCGAGCCGCGGAGAUCGUCCAAUCAGCGGCUGCGCGAGCCCCUCUUUCCCAUCCCCUCCCCCUCAACGGUAGUCGCCAGCGGUUCGCGCGGGGCUGUCCGAGCCGGGGCCAGGAUGAGGCAGCAACUACUGCGGGGACCGCCGCUCUCUUCGGUCCUGCUCGUUCUCCUGGGGGCUCUGCUCCUGACCGGGGCGGCGUGGGGCCUCGACGACCACCCAGCCAGUCCCAGUGGCGCCAAGGAACAACCCGGCCUGCAGGACUUGUGUCGCUCCCCAAAGAUGGUAGGUAGGUGCCGCGCCUCUAUACCGAGGUGGUGGUAUAAUGUUACAGCUCAGGCUUGCCAUUCAUUUCUCUAUGGAGGUUGUGGUGGAAAUUACAACAACUUCCUGACUCGAAAAGACUGUAUCAAAGCAUGUAAUGGAGUAGCAGAGAACUCUGCUAACGAAGCCCCAGCCAGAAAGGAUGGAGCACAUGAACCUAGUCCAAGUGCUCCCCGAAAGCAAAAUUCUGAAGAAUUUCCUGUUACCGAUUUCGACUAUGAAGAAUACUGCACGGCCAAAGCGGUCACUGGCCCUUGUCGGGCAGCCUUCCCACGGUGGUACUUUGACGCCGAGAAGAACACCUGUGUGCAUUUCAUCUAUGGAGGGUGUCGAGGCAAUAAAAAUAGCUACGUGAACCUAGAAGACUGCAUGACGAAAUGUUUUGGCAAGCGUACCCAUAAAGCAUCUCACCCCGCCAUGUCACAUUCCACCAAAGCUGUGGCCUUGGCGGUGCUGCUCGCAGUGAUGGCAGCCAUCCUUCUGGGAGCAAUGGUCGUCAUCUUUAUCAAGAUAGCUCGGAAGCACCGGGCAAGUGCCUUCAACACGGUGUGGAGCCCCAUAGAUGACAAGGAGUAUCUGGUGAAGAGCGCCUACACCAUUUGAGGAAGCUGUGGGACCCCUCCUGGCGGGCAGCUCGGCUCUCUCCAUGCAAGCUGCCACAAGGGCCCCUCGCCCACAGGGAAGCGUAAAAAUAGGAGAAAUUGUCAGGGGAGGGGAAUAGGGGAAAGCCACUUGUAGAAAGGCCACGUUUUUGGUGUUUUUAUUUCCUCCUUCAUAGUUUUUUAAGUGAUUUGUGUAUGACUUUUUUUAAUUCCAAGAGGCAAGUGAUAUACUUCCUAGCUUGGUUGGGGCAGGGUGGGGGGAGUGGGCUGGGGAGUGGGGGGAAGGACAUUUUGGUUUAGAAAUAUUUUUGAAGAAACCAAAGCAGAUUUGUAUUUUAGGAUUCUGAAAAGGGGUGGAGGAAGAAAAGUGAAAGAUUAAUAAAAGUGCCUUCUCUUUAAAAAGACA